UUCAGCUGGAAGUGUUAUUGUUUUUGUUUUUGUUUUUGUGUUGUUUUUUUUUGGGAGUGGCAAAUUACCGGUAGUAGGAGCAUUUUUAUUACCAGUCGUUUCACCAGGAGAGGAGCCUUCAGCCGGGUCCGCCCUCAGUUCACGACUGUCGCAAGCAACCGGGGGCACACCGGUUUCGGACAGCGGGCCAGAUUUCGUCGCUGCACAGGGGAUCGGGUUUCGAUUAUGGCAGGAACGAAGAGAGCCGUGUCAUUUCUGAUCACCGUCUACGUCUCAGUCCCCGUGUUUCUCUACCUGUUCCCCUGGAUACUGGGCCACGCCAUAUAUGCCCACUUGUUGAGGUUUCCAUUGUUUGUGGAUCUUGGCAAACCUGAAGAUGUUCUGAACCACACAUGCAACUUCUACCUGAACACAGAGGAGGGCAUCUCAGUGGGAGUAUGGCAUACGCUACCUGUCAACCAAUGGGAGGAGGCUGUGGGAAAAAACCCCGAGUGGUACUGGGAGACUCUGGGAGACGGCCAUCCUGUUAUUAUCUAUCUCCAUGGAAACUUAGGAACCAGGGCGAUAAAUCACAGAGUAGAACUGGUGAAGAUCUUAAGUACCGCAGGGUAUCAUGUCUUAUCUUUAGACUACAGAGGUUUUGGAGACUCCAGUGGGGAGCCAAGCGAAGCCGGAUUGACCAGUGACGCCCUCUACCUGUACCAGUGGGUAAAGAAGAAAAGCAGAGGGAGUCUUGUCUGUUUCUGGGGACACUCACUUGGCUCCGGGGUGGCAACCAAUGUUGCUUUGAAACUGCAAGAGCAAGGGUCUGCCAUUGAUGCUUUAAUCCUUGAAGCUCCAUACACAAGAAUGAGAGAGGCCGUAGCCAACCAUCCGCUCGCUAAGAUGUACAUGUUCCUUCCAGGAUUUGAGAGCUUGCUUUGGAACAUAUUGGAAAGGAACAAAAUAGUAUUUGCAAAUGAUAAAAAUUUAAAGACCUUGACCAGUCCACUUCUUAUACUGCAUUCAGAGGACGACAAUGUUGUACCUUAUCACAUGGGUCUGAAGCUGUACCAGAUAUCCCUCCAGGCUCAGAAGAAAUACAACACAGACGUUCAGGUCGAAAUGAUCUCUUACAGUGCGAACCUUGGAUUCUCCCACAGCAACAUCUACUUAGAUCCCAAUCUGUCAAAAGUGGUUAGGGGAUUUCUACAAAAGCUGAGACAGUAGAGUGGCUUGGGAGAAGUGCGUCUGUUUUGCAGGUUUUUGUUGUUUUGUUGUUGUUUCUGUACUGAUAAAUUUUUGUCACAAGUGGCUGAAUGUCUAAAAACUGAAAUAAAACUACUUGAUAUGA